GAGUUUAUGAAAUGUGAUUGUCGUGCAUUUAUCCUGGUACACGUAAUCUUACGAUAACGACACUAUAAUUUUACACCGCUAUACUAAAUUCUUGCAUAAUUAUGCCUAGCACCGUUCCAUCUUUCGAUAAGUUGCAACGAUAUAUUGCGCGAUUGGCAUGCAAAGUUCACUCAACGUUGGUUAUUUUCGAACACGUAAACUACAUUCGAUAUGGAUGAAUUUCUUUUCUACAAAAUUUUCCUUUUAUUUCUCGGAUUGAGAACGAGCGAACAGAAACUUUCUUCGGAAGAUCGAAUCGUCGAUGGAGCAUUUAUCAACAUCACGAAUGUUCCGUAUAUGUUAUCGUAUAGAGUAAAUAAUAAUCAUGCAUGCGGUGCUGCUAUCAUUAAUAAAGAAUGGGGAUUAACUGCCGCUCAUUGCGUUACUCCAUUUGUCGAUAAUCCCUCAAUUUCGCUCAGCGUCCGUAGCGGAUCUAACAGACACGAUUUCGGUGGAAUUAUUCACAAUGUAACGACAUUUUCUUAUCACGAAAAAUAUAAUGAACAGAACAACGAUUACGACAUUGCGGUAUUCAAAGUUUACCCGCCAUUCGAUUUUAACAACACGACGCAACCCGUCAAAUUGCCUGAGAACAUUGAAUUUUUUAACACAAAUUGGGGUUUAAUUGCUGGUUGGGGUUACUUUAUCGAUUUCGAUCCGAUGUUAUCGGAAAAGCUACAAUACGUUAUCGUACCGAAAGUGAAGAGAAAAAGGUGCAUAAAGGAUUAUAAAGGCAGAUAUGAAGUAACAGAGCGUCAAGUCUGUUAUGGAUUUUCACAAGGAGGGAAAGAUGCGUGUAAAGGUGAUUCCGGUGGUCCACUGGUUAAUAAUUUCACUGUAAUCGGUAUAACUUCGUGGGGCUACGAAUGUGGUGUACCAAACUCACCCGGCGUCUACACCAAUGUGAUCGAUCUACUAGGAUGGAUCAAAAAUAAAAUUAGAUCGUUUCAAUGAUCUUUAAUCAAUCCGGUUUUGCAAUUUGAAAAUAAUUCAA